AUACAGACUACAGUUCCCAGCAUGCAGCGCUCAUAAAGCGCACAGCGCCCAAGCUGCCCUGCGCUCCCUCUCCGCGCAUGCGCCCCGCAGCCCGGGCUGUCGCUCCCUGGCUGGCGGCUGCGGCGAGUCCCCGCCAUGGAGUCCUACGAUGUGAUCGCGAACCAGCCCGUGGUGAUAGAUAACGGCUCGGGUGUGAUCAAAGCAGGUUUUGCAGGUGACCAGAUACCGAAGUACUGUUUUCCAAACUAUGUGGGCAGACCAAAGCACGUUCGUGUCAUGGCUGGUGCUUUAGAAGGGGACAUUUUCAUUGGGCCAAAAGCAGAGGAGCACAGAGGUCUGCUCUCGAUCAGAUAUCCCAUGGAACAUGGCAUAGUGAAGGACUGGAAUGACAUGGAGCGCAUCUGGCAGUAUGUGUAUUCGAAAGACCAGCUGCAGACUUUCUCAGAAGAGCAUCCUGUGCUCCUGACGGAGGCUCCCCUGAACCCACGUAAGAACCGAGAGCGAGCUGCUGAGGUUUUCUUUGAGACCUUCAACGUGCCAGCACUUUUUAUCUCCAUGCAAGCGGUGCUCAGCCUGUACGCUACAGGGAGAACCACAGGGGUGGUGCUGGACUCCGGGGAUGGCGUUACCCAUGCGGUUCCUAUUUACGAAGGGUUUGCCAUGCCUCACUCCAUUAUGCGGAUCGAUAUCGCUGGCCGCGAUGUAUCCCGCUUCCUUCGCCUCUAUCUCCGGAAAGAAGGCUACGACUUCCACACGUCAUCAGAGUUCGAGAUCGUCAAAACCAUCAAAGAGCGUGCCUGUUACCUGUCAAUAAACCCACAGAAGGACGAGACGUUAGAAACCGAGAAAGCCCAGUACUACCUGCCAGAUGGAAGCACUAUUGAGAUCGGCCCUGCCCGUUUCCGAGCCCCCGAGUUACUGUUCCGGCCUGACCUGAUUGGAGAAGAGUGCGAGGGGCUGCACGAGGUGUUGGUGUUCGCUGUUCAGAAAUCGGACAUGGACCUGAGGCGAACGCUCUUCUCCAACAUUGUGCUCUCCGGGGGCUCCACGCUCUUCAAAGGCUUUGGAGACAGGCUCUUGAGUGAAGUGAAGAAACUAGCACCCAAGGACGUCAAAAUAAGGAUAUCUGCUCCUCAGGAGAGAUUAUAUUCCACGUGGAUCGGGGGCUCUAUUCUGGCCUCGUUGGACACUUUUAAGAAAAUGUGGGUUUCAAAGAAGGAAUACGAAGAAGAUGGAGCCCGUGCCAUCCACCGAAAAACCUUCUAGCCUGGGACCCGUCCGAAACUCGCUUUUCUGAGUCCGAGUGUCUGUGAGGAGCUGUGUGUGUGUGUGUGUGUGCGCGCGUGUGCAAACAUGGCCCUGGAAUGUCACGGAGCAAAGAGGAGGAGAAGGAUUAGAUCACUACUUUUUUUUUUUUUUUUUUUUUUAAACUGUAGGAGGAAAAAUAACCAGGCCCCGUUUCUCCGGUAUGACCCAUUCCCCUUUGACCUUCACUCCUCUUGUGGCCACCUCUCACGCUUAGAAAUGGAACAGCUGGACAGAAGGGAUCUGACCACUGCAAGUCACCUAGUCAGGUUGUAGUCACGUAGCCUAAGACUCCAAACCCUGGCAUGUCCUUACCCUACGGCACUCCACAGCACUGGCUGCUUAGCUCUUCGUGGGUGCUCAGCAGCGAGUGUCUCUCACGGGCCAGUUCUUUUUUAUUUUUUUUAUUUUUAUUUUAUUUUUUUUUAUACAGAAAAAACACAUUGGGAGCAGUUACAACCCCCUCCCCUUUUUUUUGGUUUUGUUUUUGGUGUGUCUGCGUGUGUGUGUGUGUAUGUGUGUAAACUCUUAACCUGCUCCAUGGGUAUGGACCACAACUGCACAGCUGGAGCAACUGCUGAUAGGACUUAGUUUGUAUUGCAUGGUGUAGGUCACAACCACCCCUCCUCCGCUCUGAUUGUACUAGACGGUUAUGAUCUUAGUCUCUUGUUCACUGACGUUCCUUCUCCUUGUGAAGCAGGUGCCCAGGAUGGGUACAAAGGCACUAGUGUGUUCGCUUUGAGAGGUUUACAGGGCUGUAUCCUCUCUCUGUAAGAGAGGAAGCUGCAUUUUCCCCCUUUCUCCCACAGCAGGGUCAAGGAACCAUCCAUUUUCAGCCAGACAAAACCUCUUCCAUUUGAUCCGUCCUUGGGCAAAAAAGCACAUUGUAACUUUUGAAUUAUUUUAUUUAUUGAAAUGUUUAAUAUCUACGUUACUAACAGAGCUGCUGUUUCCAGGGGCAGCGGCUGCCCCUCUGGGUGAGUCUGCUGCUCUCCUUCCAAGACCCUUCAACUGAAUUUUCCAUUGUUUAAUGCUAACACUAAUGUUUACAGCACACAUGCCUAGCUUAGUAGCCAGCUAGUCAACCCCACAAUGCUUCUUGGUUACUGCUAGAGAGUCAGCGUUCUCUGGGAACGCACCACGUGAGAGGACACUGAACCGGGUGGUACGUUGGCAUCAUCAUCAGGUGCCUGAGCACCGGCUCUUCAUGCCUCUGUAGCGUUACGCGCGGCUAACCCUUCCGGCAUGACACCGCUACAGCGUAUGGAAGGCCCCGUACCUGCUCUGGGUGGGUGUGUUCUGUUCUGAGGGAGCAGCUAGUGCUUUCUACUUCUCAGUGUUUUGUUUUUUAAAUGAGGUUGCUGCUGAGAACCAAAUAUUUUGCCUGGUUUAGCCACUUAAGUAUUAGAGGAGAAUUCAAGGGAGUUGUGGAGUCAGGGUAGUAGCCUUAUCUCUACAUAGAGCCAAGUUUGGGUCUUUGAAAAGAACAAGCUUGGGGUAGGAGGAGGGGAAGGUAUUUUAAGUAGGAAAGAAGCAUCGUGGAGAAACCCAGAGCUUUUCCUACCUCCUCACGGAUUUGCACCUCUAGGGGCAUGGAGGGGGAGAGGAGCCAUCCAAAACUUUUUUUUUUUUUUUUUAAACCACCUGUUUUUAUUUUAGAUACUACAUGGAUAGUUGGAGAUUCAAUCCCUGGAUUUAGAAUAUGCAGUUAGCUUUAUUUCCACUGUAAAAGCCAGCUGCCUCCAUCAGACAUGCAACGAUGCAAAUGCAGACUUUGUGCUUAUCAUUAAAGGGAAAAAAGUGUUAACGCCUGCUCCUUUAGAAGACCGGCUGGAUAGUGCGUUUUGUUUUUCAAGUAACAUGCCUGUGGUAAAUCCCUGCUUUGUGUCUUGAAACGGAAGCUGUAAACACCAGUAAUUCCCACACGUGCUGUUGCAUCCUUUGCUUCACAAGCUACCCUUCGCCUCUUAACACCAUGCUGCAGGGGUGGUACUGACAGGCUCCAGGACAACUUCUGGCUGGUAGGGCCUGUGCAGAACAGAAUCUGGUCGCCCCAGCUCUGCAAUGGAGCGACACUGUGUGCUGGGAGGGAUAGAAUUUUCUUCUUAGCCUGCCGAGGAAUAAAUUCCAGGAGGAGGCUGCUCCCGGCUCAAUCCCGGUGCCUCUCCCACUGCUUUUGUCAGGGCAGUGUCUGUUUAUGCUAGCAAGAACGUGAGUGGGAGUCAGUCUCACCUUCCACCCCUACUAAGAAGAGCGAGGCUGGCAGUACCAUGCUGUUGAAAGCUGCUGCAAUCUCACCCAGUUGUAUUUGUGUAUUCAAGUGUCUUAAAAUCCAGUUGGGGCAAAACAUGAGCAGAUUUGACACCCCUUUAGGAACAAAGAAGAGAGAGAGGGAGGGGUGCAAGAUAGGACCUUUCCGUGGCAGUAGCUCCUGCUACACCAAUUUCAUUUGUUAUACUGCACCAAAAACAGUGCGGUCUCCAUCCAGAGUGGGGCUAGUGCCAUUCGUAUAGCGGGGCAGAUGCCACCUUUUUAAAAUGCACAGAGGCCCAAUAUGCCUGAGCCAGACCUUAAUGCAGCUGGGGUGUUGAAUAAGGUAAGAUCAGGGCCCUCCUAUCUCAACGCUGGUGUAAAUUGAUAAAGCCUUACUAGGCAGCCUGACACUGCCUCAUUAACACCAUUGAGCAUUUUGGAGGGAGACUUUGGUGACAUUAAGGGCUAGUCUACCCAGGCAAGGCUAAAGCGUUGCUGUGGCAGCAUUUUAACGUGCCUUGCGUAGUCGCCGCAGAGCGCUGGGAGAGGCCCUAAGACCCACCUCCACGAGAGGUGUUGCUCCCAGCGCUGGGGCACGGUCUACCCUGGUGCUUUCCAGCAACGCAACUUGCUGCGCUCGGGGGGUGCUUUUUCCCCAGCAGAAAGUCACAGCGCUGUUAAUGGCCGGUGUAGACAAGCCCUAGAGGCUGGCAGCAGUCAGAGAAUUUUCUAUGGAAAGUCUCCCUCGAGGUCAGGCGCUUUAGGAGAAGCGGGGGGACAGUGGGCAGUAGCCUAUAGAAUGUUGUCAGCAGCAGCCAUGUAGGCUGCAGCUACGCUGUAGUUUGUUAUAAAAGCACCGAAGCCUAAAGCAGACAGCACGAGAGAGAGAGCUCUGCAAGGAGGGCCCAUUCUCCUAGGCCAGCUGAUAAAGUCCAUCCCCUGCACCAAGGUAAAAGUGACCUAGGAUAGAAUUGCAGUGCCCGCUAUCGCCAAGUCUCUUUUCACAGCCUUGGAAGUCAGUUGCUUAUUGAUUCCCUUUCUGUAUCCCCUCUGUGCACUCCACACUGUAGCCUGCCCGCACCAGGUAGAUAAAAGUUUGUUCUUAAUUCACCUCUGAGCUGUAACAGUCUCCUUCCCCUGCAAGUGUGGCUCACGAGCCUGCUGUGAGGCCAGCGGCUGUUGAAGGUCUGUGCACUCCCUAAAUCUGAUUUAACAUCCUGAUUUAGAGAGUUGCUUUGGAAUAGGCCAAGGAGGUGGAGGAAGGUCCCCCGCAGCUGUAAGCAGCUAGUGCCACCCAUGGAGCCCCCCCCUUGCCAAUCUGCUGCCUCCCUAGAGAGCUAAACUUGAAUUUAAAAUCUUUGCUAUAUCAUCAGACAUGAGCCUAAGAAAUUACUGUCUUUUCCAGACACACAAGGAAGAAAUAGGCUUAUAUAAUUCCCACAGGUCUUAGCUGCUCAUGUUUUGAUCACCGCUUCUAGAAAAUGCUGCACAUUUAUGACAGCUUCAGUAGUUGGCAGUGCAGAGAAAAGGGAAAUGAGAGGAUUAGACACCAGGCUUUAAUUUGCGUGCAGGCAAAUUCUACGUGGCCCCCAUCCAUUUGUUUGCAUGACUUGCAGCACAUUCGCUUUCUAAAGUGGGAGCAGGUUCAGCCAGGCAGGCUGCACCCUGGCCUAGAACUAACCUACUAAAGCUGCAAAGCACCAGAAGGGACCUCUGGCCUCAGCCAAAGCUGCCAGAUGUGGUUGUAGAAAGCAAUGAGAUGCAACAGUCCACUUCAGGAUAGGGUAGUUUGGGAACAUACUUCCAUGCAGUGCCAGGUCUUCUGUAGUGCCAGCUUCCCACCUGGACAAGGCAGAGAGGCCAGCUACACUGUUGCAUCGUCUGUUUGCAGUACACUACUCAAGGCUUAGCCACUGCAGCUGGUGUUGCAAAGGCUCCCCCAUUUUCCCUCCCCUCCCCGCUACUGAACUCAUUUCCCCUGCAAAUAACUAGUGGGAAACUGGGCUGAUGUUUAGCUUCCUACUUAUCCCAUUCCUUCUAAGAACAAAGUAAUGGUGGUUUGAAGUAAAAGGCCAUUGCUGAGGAAUAGCUGCUGACACAAAGAGCCUGUUCCGCUGGAAAAUAAGCUGUACUCGUAUUCACAUUGUUGGACAGCAUCAGAUAGGGGGUGAUGCAUGGAAGGGAAUGACACUGUGUUAAGAACAGCAUAGGACAGCUCACAAGUUUGCUGCCUCUUCUCUUGCCUGACCCCAUAUUCCUUAUCCAGACUUGGAGCUAGCAGGAGCAGCAGCUCUGGGCAGGGUUCUGUUUGUAAGCCCCACUCACCAGCCAAAGGCGCUGUCUGCAAUCUAGCAUUCGUUCUAUCAGCCUGACGCUGUUCCUCGCACACCUCUCCCAACCGUGGUGCCUGCUGGUACCCAACAUACCUAAAUAAAGCUGUUCAUAUACGAAAA